GCAACAAAAAAACACGUAUGAAAAUGACGAGGUUCCAUUUCGCUGGAGUUUUAAUUUUUGGCGUUUUAAUUUUAAAUGUAUCUUCACAAUUUAAAAAUACAAAUAAUGUUGCAGAAACAGAUGGAGUACAAGCAUUACUUGCAAAAUAUUUAAAUCGUAGAUUACAAAAUACUGGACAAUUAUCAACCCCACCAUCAGCAUCAAAAUUAUUUUCUUUAAAUAAAGGAGUGAGUGUGAAGAAUCAAGUAUUAAAAAAACAAAACGAUUUGUCCUUGUCAAGAGAGACAGAUGAAAUUGACAAACGAUCAAUGAAAAAUGAAAAUCAAGGUAGUCAAGAUGAAUAUGAUGACUAUACUGAUGAUCUUGAAGGCUAUGAGGACAGUGACAUGAGUCCCACAAGAUUCGAUUUACUUGAAGAUGAUUGUCCAAAUUGUGUUGAUGAAAAUGCUGGUGGUCUUGCAGCACCAUCAAGAUGGACAAUGCCACUUUUAAAACUCGGUGAAAAAAGAUAUUACCUAGGAAUAUUUUUCAAGGCAAAUUGGUACAGAGCAUCGCAAUAUUGUAGAUAUCAUGGUAUGCACUUGGCAAGUAUAUCAUCACAAGAAGAAAAUGAUAAACUUGAAAAACAUAUUAAAGAAUUUGGUCUUGCUCAUGAACACUUUUGGACAUCUGGCACUGAUCAAGCUGAAGAAGGAACAUUUUUCUGGAUGGCUAAUGGUAGACCUGUUACAUUUGAAAAUUGGAAUGUUGGUGAACCAAAUAAUUUCCGAUAUGAAAAUGGAGAAGAAGAACAUUGUCUCGAGCUUUGGAAUCGUGAUGGAAAAGGUCUCAAAUGGAAUGACAGUCCUUGCAGUUUCGAAACAUAUUUUGUUUGUGAAGUUUCAUGAUUAUAAAUCUUGAAAAUUAAAAUGAAAAAAAAAAACACCUGUAAUUAUAGUUAGACAGUUAAAUAAAUAAAUAAAAUAAUAAAUUAAAUAAAUGAAAUAAUAAUUCUAUGACAUACAAAUUAUUAUCUUGUUGAUAUAACAGCAAUAAUACACCAAAGUAUAACAAUGAAUAUAAUAAUAUGUUUU